AUCUCUACUGGCUUGCUGACUCCAUCCACCCAUCCACCCCUGGUUUGUCGCCUGCUACAUGUACGGUCAAAGCACUUGAUCCUGCUUCAAUAGACGAUGAUGCUUUCCCGGCUUUUUGCCAAUACCAUUAGAUGCCGUCGACGGCACAGUCUGGCAUUGAUGGAUCAUGCAGUGCACAGGUUCUCGAAUGAUUCGCCAUCACCGCCUGACGAGGGGGCCAAAACUACCAAGACCACCAAGCGGCGCCGAUUUCGUCGUAUCGAAGAAGUGCCUUCCUAUCGAGACUUUGUGCACCGACAAACCGUGUUGACGUUGUAUCGCCAAUUCCUUAGAACAGUUCGGCCGCUUUCAGAUCGAAAGGAGCUUACGUCGCAAAUCAAGAAAGAGUUUAGCGCCAUGAAGAACGAGGGCGAUGCCUGGAACCGGAAAAGGGCUCUCAACGAAGGACAACGACGCCUCAAGGAUUUGCAAGCAACUGUCAGUAUCUCUGCCACAUUUGGUGCGUCAUCACAGCAGUAUGACGACAGCAGUAGUGACUCGGAUCAGAAGGUCGGCAAAGGCUGGCCAUGGGAAAGGAAUGAUUGAGCCCAAGCUCACAUCAACCCUAGAGUAUUCGCUCUGCACACAUUCAGCAAACUGUUUAGCUAACUGAAGACUAAUUGAGUUCCAACUUGGGCCUCUACAAUGGCAACUUCAAAGGCUCUUGCUAGCCAGAAGACAUACCGGUAGUGCUACCGUCACUUUUCGAGGUGAGGCUGGUACGGUACAACUGCAAUGAUGCAAUUCCUGAAUGAGCCUCUUUCCAGGCUUGCACUCAUCAAUCAAUCAAACUUUACCAAUAGAGAGUAGCGACUAGUAGAAUAGAUCUACCUAGCU